CGUUGAAAUUCGCAAAAUGACUGAGAAACGUUCGGCUGUUUGGGAAUUUUAUCUAGUUAAUGACGAGGGCAAAAGUGCAAAGUGCAUCGAAUGCAACGCAACAAUAUCUCGCGGUGGAAUUGGUAAAAAUGCAACGAAUACGGCGAUGGUUAAUCACCUAAAAUUGCACCCGAAAUUGUACCAAGCUUACGGUGCCAAGGAAUGUGAACGGAAAUCAUCGAAAGCAUCCAAAGAGAGGCUCUCUCAAACUACACUUAAGGAGUGUUUUUUUUUUUUCAAUGAACUUAAGGAGUGUUUGUCCGCAGCAGAAAAGUGGGACCCAAAAUCUAUCAAAUCUAAGGAAAUUACAGGUGCAAUUGCUGAAAUGAUGGUUCUGGAUCUACAACCAUUCUCGAUGGUCGAAAAUGAAGGUUUUCGUCGACUUAUGGCCAAAAUGCAGCCGAAAUAUCAGAUUCCCAGCCGGAAAUAUUUUUCGACAACAAUCAUUCCUGACAUGUACGCUAAAUGCAGAGAGGCAAAACAGAAGUCACUUCCUCGGAAUGGGUUCAUUUCGUGUACUACGGAUAUCUGGUCUUCGCCAAGUAACAAAGCUGUUAUCAGCCUCACCGGUCAUUGGCUAGACGAAAAUUGUGCUAAACAGCAUGCGAUUUUGAACACCUGUGAAUUCCCUGGUUCCCAUACCGGUGAACGAAUUGGUAACAAAAUACACGGAAUAUUGGCGGACUGGAACAUACCUGUCUCGAGCGUACAUCUGAUCCUACGUGAUAAUGCAGCCAACAUGAUCAAAGGAUUGGAUACGGCUGAACUGCCACAUGCGGGCUGUUUCAUUCAUACUUUGCAGCUGGUAGUUCUCGAUGCUCUCGACUCGCAAAAAGCAGUUAGAGACUUAAUUGCCAAAUCUCGUAACAUCGUUACCCAUUUCAAUCAUUCUCCGUUGGCUUGUGACAAGCUACUCGAAAUCCAGAAGAGAUACGAGCUAACGGAACAUAAGCUCGUGCAAGACAUACGAACCAGGUGGAAUUCGACAUUUUAUAUGCUUCAGCGGCUGAAUGAUCAACGGCCAGCGGUAACCUACUACACCGGUGAGUUCAACAGCAUCAAAAAUUUGUCCGAAUGUGAAUGGAAUUUGAUCAGCCCUGUCUUAGAGUUGUUGGGUCCUUUCGAAGAAAUUACUUGUCUUAUUAGAAGCGAAAACUCAUGCAUUUCGGAAGUUAUCCCUUAUGUAAUUACCCUUCGUUCAUACCUGGAGAAGCCGAAUAAAAACCAAAAAUCUGUAGAAGCAACUAAGGAUGCAUUGCUCCGUAAUAUGAAGUCACGAUUCAGGCUCAUUCUGCAGGAAAGUGUCUUCACGUAUGCUACCGUCGUCGAUCCAAGAUUCAAGUUUAACUUUAUCCCAGAAGAAGAACGUGCUCCCUUGAAAGAUAAAAUAAUUGCCGAAAUUACUGAAUGUUCCCAAGAUGCUGUGAGGACAUCAGACGACUCGCCACUACCAGGACCUUCGUCAGCAAACAGAUUGGGCUCGUUUCCUGCCGUGUUUAAACUAAUAAGGAAGUACUUGUCAGCACCCGCUAGCACAAUCUUCAGUGAGCGCUUAUUCUCCACUGAGGGGUUGGUUUCUGAGCAACAUCGGAGCAGCUUACUACCAGAAAAGGCGGAAAUGAUUACUUGCUUAAACCGAAACUUCAAGUUUUUAAAUGAGUAGAUUUCCAAUAUAGCUUUUCAUAUAUAUUAUCUCCAACAUUCAAAAAACUAA